AUGGACUCAUCACGUCUUGCUCCCGAGACGCCGCGUAGGCAACUGCUCAAACGCAUCCACCGGAGAUCCUCCAUCCUUCCCUCGAUGGACCCCUCAUCGCACCUGGCCGCAUCCUCUUCCGCUUCCUCUACCUCCGCAACUGCGCGUUCAUCCUCUCGACGCACAUCGCUCAACCCAGACAAUGCCUCUCCUCUUCUUGGUAACAACGCUCUCGAGAAGCACGACGAGGAGGACGAAGACUACCAGCAUCCCGAUUACGACCGCAGCGCCAUCCACACGGAGCAAACACAGGCCAGCAGCUACACUCCAGCCUCCAUCGAGCACCACGAUGGCGCCCACUUCGAGAAUGACGAGGCUGACUUUCAAGGCGAUGAGAAUGGCGAAGAAGCAGCAUGGGCGCAGGUGGACGAAUUGAUGGAUACGCUUCAGCUCCGAAACCAGCGCAUCCUCGAGCUGGAAAAGACCGUAUCACAGCUUCAGCGCGACUCGCAGCUCGGAAAGGAGCGCAACAAGUCGUCCAAGGGCAAAAGCGCACCCGGAAAUGCCGAUGAUAAGGGUCUUACCCGAGCAGCUGCCGUCAAGCUGGAGCGCGAGUUCCUCUCGCAGGAAAUGAUCCUCAAAGGUCUCCAACGCGACAACGAAGACAAGACGCUCGAGGUAGAGGCCCUGCGACGAAAGGUCAAGAUCAUGUCCGACUUUCUUGCGCGCCAGUACGGUCCCGACGACUGGGAAGCCGUUGUCUUUGCCUCGUCUGGUGGCGUCGCGACGUCGACGGCAAAAGAGUCUCUCUCGAUCGCGAGCCCAGAAAAGGAGAGCCUUAGUGCAGUGGCUCGCGUGCUCGGUGCUGCCAAUGCCGGCAGUCCACGUGCAGCCAAUCGUGCGAAAUUCACGCCUGUGCUGGGCAGCGAUGCCUACGCAAAUCCCUUCUCGCCCUCGGCUUCGAGCCCGAGCAAAGCCCUCGGGGCGAUCAACAACGACGACGUCCUCAUCCCCACCAUUGCCAGACUGCACACUCCGUCGUCGAGCCCAAGCAAGCAGUUUGUUCCGUCGUUCUCCAGUGCUCUCCGGGCCGACGACGACCUUGGUGAUGCUGAUACCUCGGUCGAGCAAGGCGCAGCUGCACUAGCUCGAGAUCAACAUUCGAAGUCGUCGCCCGCGGCCACCGCCGAAGGGACAAGAAGCACGCUGCCGGACGGUGUCGAUCCCAACGUGCUGCUCGCAUCCAUCGAAAGCGUCCGUCUGCUCCUCCAGGGCUUCGAACGGAAGAACGCCAUGCGUAGAGCAGAGCUGGAAGCGACCAUCGACAAGGCAAUCGAAGCCGAACGCAGGGCUGAGCGGCUGCAGUCCCACGCUGCAGCCGCGUCGACGCUGACACCUGAGGCGGUGUCGGUCGCAGCUUCGUAG